CCUACAAUGAUGAGCAUACAUGGCCCAUGCAAAGGACAAGUACUACUGGGCUCAACUAAGGGCUGCUCUCACUGCAGGUCAAUGGUCGUCUCCUUCACCAGGAACAGCUCAAAAUGGCUCCCCAUUAUCUUGGUUUCAUAUACUGCGCAAGUUCAACAAACACUGUAAAGGUUUCCAAGACGUGGCAGAGGUCGCAUCACAAACUCAAGUUCUAUUCUUACUGCUCGGAGCAGACACACAGAACGUGGAUCAGCUAGGUCUAGAAAAUGAUGACGAGCUCGUUCUUGGCGACGAGUGUCUCUUACCACCGGAGCGGAUAGAGGAGGCUAGAGGCGGGUAUGAGACAUUAAAGAGUCUGGACAGCAAGAAUUUCGAUUCUCUUCAUCUUGCACUUGCGCUCUACGCGUAUGCCCUCGGCCAAUUCUCGGAAUGCCUUUCGUACUUGUCCAAAGUACCAAAGCUGCUCGAGGCGCAGGGUCAUAUACCUCCAUCUUUCACCACUCGUUCAGAUAAUUCCGCACUCCAGAUACCUGGAUCAAUUGCCGAAACCUCAUCUUCAUGGACUGGUAGUUUUGUUUCUGCUGACUAUCCUGGUUCGACAGCUGACAUCAAGGAUGGGAGAGCUUGGGCAAUCACUGAAUCUAUAAGGAGCACAUGUUUACAAGGCAUGUGUUGUGAAAAAUUAUCACAACCCAAGAAAGCCAUUCAAGCCUACUCAUCCGCCCUCCAACUUCUGAGUAAUAUCGAGUCCGAGAUACCACGGACACUCGCUGCCACGUAUUCAUCUCCCGCUUCAUUCGACAACUACCGCGAGCUGUGGCGUUGGACAGAACGUCUCAUGUUCAGGGCGAUAUCUAUCCUUUCGCGGUCUUACUGUCUGGAUGAGAACGAUGGCCUUAUUUUGACCAUGUUCACCCAUUAUCAUGCUUGCAGCGCGCAUUGGCCAGCGACAUUUCGCACAGGUCACCGCUCCACAGUUGCAGUGCUCCACCUCCGAGCGCUGAUCAUCCAACAUCAAACGUCAUCAACUUCAGCCCCUAAUUUGCCACUUCAAUCAGCAAAACCACCCCAAUGGAUAAGUACUGCUCGCUCAGUCAUCCAUGAAUAUCGUACAAUUCUAGGAACUUGCACUACUUUCCCCAAGGCUGGUGAACGUAACGUCAAAGUGGAGGAUUUUGUAGACUUGUGCGUGGCAGUGUGGGAGACCAGUGGAACCAUGUCUGACCCUAUCCGUUGGGUUCUCGAUAUGCUCUGGUGGGCUACUCGCCUCACCUUCAACUCAUAUCGUAUUUAUAGACACAUGACACGACUGCUUUCCAUUUCCGGGGAUGUGGAGCUGGCUAAACGUACCCUGAAGUUAUACGUUCAAGUCGUUUCGAAAGCAAGGGAAGCAGGGGUGGAUAAUGACUUCGACACGGAUCGUCAUUGGGUUGAGACGCUUAUCGAUGGUGCCCGGAUGCUUUGUCGUCUUUCCAUUUCACGCCAAGAUGGUAUCGACGAUGCCAAGGAGGCAGGGGACAUGAUCGAAAAGGCGAAGACGAGGCUGGAUGAGGAUGACAAGGAGAUGGUGGCGAGAGUCGCACUGGCCGAAGGUGUAUGUUAUACAACACUGGCAAUAAUAGAACAGGACCCCUACACCCGACAGACUCGCCUAGAUCGCGCCCUCGCUGCCUACUUGAAGUCUGUUGCGAUCCACCCCACACCUGCUGCGCACCAUCAGCUCGCGAUCGCACUUUCUUUCCCUGGAAGUUCGCAAAACUUGGACGAGGCGAUCGUGUCCGCCCGUGCAGCUGUUGAAGACGAUGCUGAUGAGAUUCGACAUUGGCAUCUUCUCGGUCUGUUACUUAGUGCUAACGGCGAGUGGGAGAAGGCGGCCAGUGUUUUAGAAGUGGGCGCAGAACUAGACGAGAGGAAGCAGGACAUGGAAAGUCCAGCUAGACUCGACGCAGAAAAUACUGCCAAUGACAUCGUGGUGAAAGCACCUAUAGCUGAUGGUAUCCAGGCUCAAGACUUUGAGUUAGACCAUCAGCACGCACAAGUGAAAGGUCAUUCGAAACUCCCAACUGCACAUCUACCGCUGAAUGAUGCUGAUGGUACGACAUCUGAGCACAAGAGGCUUCUUGAUCCACACGCAACCACUAUACCACCAUCUGCCACUCUCCUCCGACCAUUACCCGACCAUCCAUUGCCUUCUCCCCGUGACGCAUUUGAUUACGCCCUUCAGCUCAGAAUGACACAGAUGGCACUCGCCGAACACAUAGAAGGGCCUGAGGGUGCAGAAGGGCGGUGGGUUGAUGUAUUUGGCUGGGUCGCGGAACACAAAGGGUCGCCCUCCACUUCGGGGUCUAUGACAGAGACGCAGCCGAGGUCGUCAAUAGACACCGGUACUGGCGCCAGGACUACACAAACGUCAUCAGUGCUGCAUCAGCCAUCGCAGGACCCACUGAAUGAAAAAGGUCCUAGUGCAGACCAGCAUGGAUCUCUGGGUCUUUCUAUUGGUCAUCAAGACCUCCCAUCAUCGGAGCUUCCGCCAAUCACUGUUACGCCUGCAACGCCUGCAGAGCCGCAUCGACGUUUUACACUCAGUGUGGAUGAGAAGGACUCGCUGAAGGGUAGACGCUCCUCUUCAGCAGAUGGCACUGGUAGGAAAGUGCAACAAAUGCUGAAAGCCCGCGUCCAUAAAGGGCAGGCAAAGAUCAGUACCAUUUCGAGGAAACUCGGAAAUGGCGUUGGGCGCAACGGAAAUUUGAAGAGGACAAGCUCUGCACCAGACUUUCAUGCCGUGCUACAGAACCAUAGUUACCAAGCGUCGUCAAUACACUCCCGCCGCCGGCUGCGUUCUCUGAUUCGUCAUAAUGCAGCUGUCGCACCCAUCGAGUCACCACCCGCUCCGCCUCCCCCGCUUCCUCCGGUGAAGGAGGAAACACCUAUACUCCACGCGACGAGAGACGACAAGCUUAUAAGCGACCUUUGGGCCAUGUCUGCUGCCACUUUCCGACGACUUGGUAAAAUCGAGCAAGCCAAAGGCGCAAUCCAAGAAGCAGAAGUCAAAGACUCUGAAAAUCCCGCUGUUUGGGUGCAGCUUGGGCUAUACUACAUGGUGCUAGAUCGUAAUACAGAGGCUUUAGAAGCUUUUCAAAAAGCCCUGUUCAUAUCGCCUGACGAUAUCGCUGCAUCUGUGCACUUGUGUCGUAUCCACCUUUCCACGAAGUCAUCGGACGGCACAGUUGACUCAGAUAAGGCUGAUCUAGUCGCUGGGCUACUCAGCCACCUCACCCGAGGACCUGGCUGGGACGUUCCUGAGGCCUGGUACUACUUGGCUAAAGCAUACGGGCUACAGGGCCGAAAGGAUAAGGAACGAGAAAGUCUGGCGACGGCUUUGUCGUUGAGUGAUCGCAGGAGUAUUAGGGAUAUUGGGCGGGCUGUGGGUUGGUGUUUGUGACUGGUACACGUGGUCAAGGUUCGAGGCUUGAUUUAUAUAUACGACAUCCCACGUGACAGAGCAUCUACUUAUUGCUGACUCUGCACGACAAUCAUAUAGAUGAUGAUCUUUUGCAUUCCUGUUAGAUGACAGGUUGUAUAGACAAUUUAUUACUUGACUUUCGGUUCUGGAUCAGGAUUCAGAAGGUUUUUUUCGUGCGUUAGGGUUGAUUAAGUACGAUUUUAUAUCCGAGGUGCAGACCGACGCGUUUUCCAGAGUCUGGUAUCCGAUCUGGUACGGCUGUACAAGCUGACGACGUUCAACCGGAACACCACUGGUACAUAUCAUCUCCUUCAGCUGCCAAGCAGGCCAAGAGGUUUACAC